CAUUUUUACCAGAUAGAAAUUCUUGUCCAAAGCUUAACGAGAGCGAGAUAAAAGAAGAAAGAUGACUACGAUUCGGAGAUUUUGCUGCAAUGAUCUGCUUCGUUUCACUUCGGUCAAUCUCGACCACCUCACUGAGACUUUCAAUAUGUCGUUCUAUAUGACCUAUUUGGCGAGAUGGCCCGACUAUUUUCACGUCGCCGAAGCCCCCGGAAAUCGAAUCAUGGGUUACAUUAUGGGGAAGGUUGAAGGGCAAGGUGAGUCGUGGCAUGGUCAUGUGACUGCGGUGACUGUUUCUCCUGAAUAUCGGAGGCAGCAACUGGCGAAGAAGCUCAUGAACCUACUUGAAGACUUCAGCGAUAAGAUUGACAAGGGUUACUUUGUUGAUCUUUUUGUGAGAGCAUCAAAUACUCCAGCCAUAAAGAUGUAUGAGAAGCUUGGUUAUAUAAUCUAUAGACGAGUGCUACGGUAUUAUUCAGGGGAAGAAGAUGGAUUAGAUAUGAGAAAAGCAUUAUCUCGGGAUGUUGAAAGGAAAUCAGUCAUACCCCUCAAAAGGCCAGUUACUCCUGAUGAAUUAGAGUAUGACUAAAUCUGAUUUCUUGGAAUUUCUGCCUAGUAAGUGUGAUGAUGAUGUGUUACCAUAUGCUUGUGACUUUUCUAGAUCUGUAAGCUAGGCACUACAAUUUGCUUUUGAAACCAUGUUAAUUGAAGUGUGCUUGUUAUGAAUUUGACUCUUCAGCAUAAACUAGUGUUAACUGGAUUCAUAGGAUUACUAUCUGUUGCCCUUGUUAUAUCUCUGAGAGAUAUAUUGCUUGAUGAACCACUUUUCGGAACCCCACUU